AUGUCUUCUGCUAGUCGCUGCUGUCUGGUAGAUACAAGGGGAGCCGAUAGACGUUUCCGUUCAAUCGAAAUUUCCAACCUCCACAGAGAGCAUCUCCCGGCUAUAUCGCUUGCGGCUGGUCGAGCCCACUAUAUCACUGUGAAGCUACUGCUUUCCUAUAAUGCAAGCUACAAUCCUCCUCGAGAUACGAAGAACCUUGCAUCAGGGCAACUGGACAUUGUGGACCUUCUUCUCAACCACGGUGCAGAACCAAAUGGCAUAGGACGAUGGCAUUACGAAGAAAAGGAGAUCGGUGAUCUGCCGUGCAUCUAUUUCGCUGAAACCUAUCCGGAGAUCUUCCGCCUUCUGCUUGACCGGGGCACAGAUCUAUUGCUACCAGCAGCAAAAGCUAGAAAAGAACUCAACUGGGAUUUAUUAACUGAUGAGACUACCACAAUUCAGCAUGUGUCUGAUGAUGCAGGGCGACCAGUGACAGCACCCACAAGCACAUUUGUCACCAAGAAGGCCCUCGAGAGUGGUUCCACCGAAACAGACCAAAUUCUCUGGAAAGAGGCGUAUCAUUGUAACUCCCUAGCCAAGCUGGCUAUUGGAGUUGCAUGCCCCUGCUUGUAG